CUGUGUCACAGAGUCUCUGCUUAUUCUUGGCAAUGAAGCAAAAUUUUUAUUCACCCUAAGGAUGAAGACAAUUUUUACAAAGGACACUGUCCGAUCGACCAUUCCACGGGGGAACUGAGAGAGAGAGAGAGAGAGAGAGAGAGAGAGAGAGAGAGAGAGAGAGAGAGAGAGAUUAGUCUACCUGUCCCAUCUCGCCGGCUGUGUCUCAUUUUCCCCCCGCAUUUCGUCAAGACUUAAAGGCAUACUGAUUACCCUGCAAGCCUGAGCAUCAAGUGUUGCAGAAUGAGACAUUUGGUUGUGUGUAUUGGUGCACUGCUGGCUUUAGUGAACAUCUUGGAAGCAAGGCCCAGAAAAGAUGGAAAUGAAAAGUGUAAAUCUGGCCCAGUUGACCUAGUCUUCAUAAUUGAUGGCUCACGCAGUGUUCGGCCACAUGAGUUUGAGACAAUGCGCAAGUUUAUGAUUGACAUUAUCAAUGAAAUGGACAUCGGCCUUAAUGCUGCCCGUGUGGGUGUUGUUCAGUACUCGAGUCAAGUGCAGAAUGUCUUUUCCCUGAACAAGUUCAGUACUCAAAAGGAUAUGGUCAAGGCAAUCAAAGAGAUCAUUCCACUGGCACAGGGUACCAUGACAGGCCUGGCUAUCCGUUAUACCAUGAAUGUGGCAUUCUCUGCUGAAGAGGGUGCUCGACCCAAUGUGCCUCAUGUGGCGGUGAUUGUCACUGAUGGACGGCCUCAGGAUCGUGUUGCUGAGGUAGCCGCUGCUGCUCGAGAGUCUGGGAUCGAGAUCUAUGCUGUGGGAGUGGCCAGAGCUGACAUGACAUCCUUGAGAGCCAUGGCAUCACCACCUUUUGAAGAUCAUGUCUUCCUAGUGGAGACCUUCGAUCUUAUUCACCAAUUUGGGCUCCAGUUCCAAGACAAGCUUUGCAAAAUAGAUCUUUGUGUUGAGUCUGACCAUGGCUGUGAUCAUAUCUGUGAGAGCUCUCCUGGCUCUUAUCAGUGCCUUUGCCUGCCAGGUUACACACUCCAAGAUGAUGGAAAGACUUGCACAGCCAUUGAUUUGUGUGUGGAGGAGAAGCAUGACUGCGAACAAAUCUGUAUCAGUUCUCCUGGGUCUUUCAGCUGUGACUGCAAUACAGGAUAUACACUCAAUGAAGAUAAGAAGACCUGCAAAAUGAUAGACUACUGUUCAUUUGGAAAUCAAAGCUGUGAGCAUAAAUGUGUCAGUGUCCUUAACGGCUUCAACUGUCAAUGCAAGGAUGGAUACACUCUGAAUGAUGACAAAAGGACCUGCACAAUGAUCGACUACUGCUCAUUUGGGAAUGACAGCUGUGAACACACAUGUGUGAGUGUACUUCAAAGCUUUUACUGCCUCUGCAAUGAAGGAUACACUCUCAACGAGGAUGAAACGACUUGUACAAUGAUUGACUACUGUUCCUUCAGAAAUGAUAGCUGUGAGCACAAUUGUGUGGGUGUCCUUAACAACUUUUAUUGCCAGUGUAAUGAAGGAUACACUUUAAAAGAUGAUGGAAUGACCUGCACAAUGAUUGACUAUUGUUCAUUCGGAAAUGACAGCUGUGAGCACAAGUGUGUUAGUAUCCUCAAUGGCUUUUCUUGUCUCUGUAAUGAUGGAUAUUAUCUCAGUGAUGACAAGAAGACCUGUACAAUGAUUGACUAUUGUUCAUUUGGGAAUCACAGUUGUGAUCAUGAAUGUGUGAGGGUGUUAAAUGGAUUUCAUUGCCGCUGUAAUGAGGGAUACACACUACAGAUAGACGGAAAGACCUGUCAGGUGAUUGACUAUUGUUCAUUUGGAAAUCACAGUUGUAAUCAUGAAUGUGUGAGUGUAUUAAAUGGAUUUCAUUGUCGCUGUAAUGAGGGAUACACACUUCAGCGAGAUGGAAAGACAUGUCAGGCAGACAACCUGUGUAAUGUAGUAGAGCAUGGCUGUGAGCACCAGUGUGUGAGUACACCAGGAUCAUACCACUGUAUCUGCCUAGAGGGCCAUCUUCUACAAGAAGAUGGAAAAAGCUGUGGAAGCUGCAGAUCAUCUAACAUUGACUUGGUUCUCUUGAUUGAUGGCUCGAAGAGUGUACGGCCUCAAAACUUUGAGCUCGUUAAGCAGUUUGUCAACCAGGUUGUGGACCAAUUAGACAUCUCUUCUCAUGGAACACGUGUGGGUCUUGUCCAGUAUUCUAGCCGGGUGAGAACUGAGUUUCCACUAAGUAUGUACAAGAGCAAGGAAGAGAUCAAGGCAGCUGUGAUGAAAGUAGCCUACAUGGAGAAAGGAACCAUGACAGGGCUAGCACUAAAGCACAUGGUGCAGAAUAGCUUCUCUGAGACUGAAGGUGCCCGAGCUGCCUCAAAAAACAUACCCCGUGUGGGGCUGAUGUUUACUGAUGGACGUUCUCAGGAUGACAUAUCAGAGUGGGCAAAGAAGGCCAAGGAAGCAGGAAUUACAAUGUAUGCUGUUGGAGUAGGCAAAGCUGUAGAGGAUGAGCUGAGAGAGAUUGCCUCAGAGCCAGUGGAGAAACAUUUCUUCUACACCUCUGACUUCACUGCAAUUAGCCAGAUUGCAGAAAACCUUAAACUCAAUGUUUGUCCAGAGGAGAGUCAAGGUGAAAUAGAGGUGAAGGACCCGUGUGCUUGUAAUAGUCUAGUGGAGUUCCAGCAAGCUACCAUGGUCUCUCUCAACCAAAUCAACCAGAAACUGUCAGUAAUGACUACACGACUGGAGUAUCUGGAGAAGGAGCUGCUCAAACGGAAAUGAGAAUCAUUACAUCAUCUGCAAGACUAGAGCUUUCAGGGAUGAGCUCCUUUUGGGAGGCACUUAAGUGAUGGUCCAGACUGGCUCCAAAUUCUACAUAACCAAUGGUCUUCAGA